UCAACAUACUUUAUCUUCUCUCAUAAACUACAGCUACCAAAAAUGAAGAAAGCUGAGCUUGUGUUCAUCCCAGUAGCAGCCGCAGGCCACCUCAUUCCCCAAAUUGAGUUUGCAAAGAGAUUGCUAGAUCGAGAUGAUCGUUUCUCAGUGACUGUUCUCGUCAUGCAGUCUCCUUCUUUCACCUCUCUUGCAGCUGCAUAUGCCAAAUCUCUUGCAGAAUCUAAUACUCCAAUAAGGUUCAUCAAUCUUCCUCCUCCUAUACAUUUUCGUCCUUCACAAGAGGUUCAUAAAUCCUUAGAAAAAUUCGCAACGGAGUUCGCAGAUUAUCAUAAAGCUUCUGUUAAAGAAGCUAUUGUAAAUCAUGUAGUUUCAAACUCAAACUCAGCUCCACUUGCUGGGUUGGUAAUUGAUAUGUUUUGUACAUCAAUGAUCGAUGUGGGAAAUGAACUUGGUGUUCCUUCUUAUUUGUUCUUCACUUGUAAUGCAGCUUAUCUUUCUCUCUCGCUAUACCUUCCAAGUCGACAAGAUGAAGUUGGUAGAGAAUUUGAGGUGUUUGACAGUGAGUUGGUGAUCCCGGGUUAUGUUAAUCCAGUACCAAGCAGCGGUCUUCCUGAAGUUUUAUUAAACAAGAAUGGUGGCUACACAACCGCUGUGAACCAUGGAAGAAGAUUCAAGGAGACAAAAGGGAUCAUUAUCAACUCAUUUGAGGAGCUGGAAUCUCACGCGGUCAAGUGUUUGUUGAAUGAUUUUGAUCAUUUGCCACCUGUUUACACCGUUGGACCGCUGAUUGAUCUCAAGGGUGAGAGUAAUAAGACAGAUUCAAAUGAGAUCUUGAAAUGGCUUGACAAUCAACCUGAUUUAUCAGUAGUUUUCUUGUGCUUUGGAAGCAUGGGGAGUUUUGGUGAGGAACAACUGAAAGAAAUUGCACUUGGAUUGGAGCAAAGUGAGCACAGGUUCUUGUGGUCAAUCAGGGAGCCGCCACCAAAAAAUGAACUUGAAGGGCCUAGUGAUUACAAACUUGAUGAGCUGUUGCCAGCUGGGUUAUUGGAGAGGACAAAGGAGAUUGGAAUGGUGUGUAAAUGGGCACCACAAAAGGAGAUCUUGGCUCAUAAAUCAGUAGGGGGAUUUGUGUCCCAUUGUGGGUGGAAUUCAAGCUUGGAGAGCUUGUGGUUUGGAGUUCCAAUUGUGACAUGGCCUAUGUAUGCUGAGCAGCAGAUGAAUGCAUUCCAAAUGGUGAAAGAUUUGGGAGUCGCUGUGGAGUUGAGAUUGGAUUACAGAAGCAUGAGUGGAGAAGUUGUGUUGGGAGAUGAGAUAGCAAGAGCUAUAAAAUGUGUGAUGGAGAUUGAUAAUGAGGUGAGGAAGAAGGUGAGAGAGAAGAGUGAACAGAGCAGGCUAGCUGUGAAGGAGGGUGGAUCUUCAUUUACUGCAUUUCAACGCUUGAUUGAUGAUAUAUGUAUCAAUUUAGAAACAAAUUAAGCCAUGAAUUUCAUGGUUGGAGUUCUAUUGUCAUCUGAUCUCUUUUAAGUUUCUCACGUUGGAUUUGCA